AUGAAAACUUUAGAAUCUGGAAUGGAAAACAAUUGGGAACUAAUAUCCACAAUGCUUGAAUCUGUAAUCGACGAAAAAUUUCAAAUCGGAUCCUUGAGACAUUCGCCUUACCCUUUACUUGGUGAUGAUGACAACAAGGUUUCAAGUGCUUACGCAGAAGAUCUGAAAACUGUCGGAUAUGGUCGCAUAGACUCACGAAAAUAUCCCAACUACAACAACACAUUUGACCCCCGGCUGUGUUUCCAAGGUCUUGAUGGUUGCAUCUUCCAACACGCAGUUAAAGAAGACGACGACCUCACCAAAGCCAAACUGACAGAAAAUGUCUUCUUAGCUCUGGAUAACCCGUCUGCCGUCAUGGAUGACUAUUUAUUUGGUUACAGAGAGUAUCUUAAAAACCUGACGAGUCUGCCUACGAUUUACAUGGGGUCGGGAGAUGACCCAAGCGACACGGUUACCGAUGACGGAUCCGAGGAGUGCAAACGGCUUUUCCAGAGGAUCCGGUCACAGUCCGUUAAAUCCAUAUUUCCAAAGGAAAACAAUGUCCCAAAAUAUCCCAUUUCCAGAGAAUUUAAAGAAGAGAAGAUUAAAAGUGAAUGCAAGCCUUCGACUCCUCACACUCAGCAUCAUAAUCAAUCUGAUAAAUCAGAACAGGACCAAAUUUGUCUGUCACCAAGCGCAACGCACAGCAAAGAAAAAGUAUCUGCAACGAUUAUCAAAUGGGCAGAAGAAGGCAAAAGAAUGAACGGCUGUUAUUUAAUCUCAAAUGAACAUGUACAAAAAUCCCAGGUUCCGUCAGAUUUAUCGUCCAGCGGUUGUGAAAACACGUUUGUUGUUGGGACAACGACUCUGAAAGCUGAACAUUUUACAGAGGACUCAAAAGAGAAAAUUAUUUCGCAGAAUUCACCUUCACUGAUCAAAGAUGCAUCGUCCAAGAAUGGUAGACCAAUUCUACAAAAGGAAGUUGAGAAACAUUUGCAAGAGGCCAUGGUGAAACACAGACCAGGAAAGAUGUACAAUGAAGAGUCCCCCGAUAGUCACGUACCAGUUCAGAAGCCCAAAGUAGAAAAGCGACGAGAGCAACUGAAAGCUAAAAAACUAAAGGACUUGUCGGAAAAGCAACUUUCCCAGCCAGUAGUAGGGAAAAAGGCAACCCAAACGUCAAAAGACCAUUGUACAUUGAGCAAUGCAAGCUGGGCUGAGAAGUUGUUUCACAACGUCACCAGUGAAAAGGAAGAUUUUAAAGAACGGAAAUCGGGAAAUGGCAAAUCCGUGAUGACGGAGAAUGCGGCCACGACAAUCACAUCCAACCUGAGACCUACCUCGGAACCCUUCACACCGCCGUCCAGCAUCACUCUGCAAACACAGAAUACUGCUCCAUUUCUUCAAGAGGAGUUCCAACCAAGACAGCAUUCCCAGCACCUGACAACACCUGCACAAAGCAACAACUUCCUGUCCAGUGUCCAGCCUGCGCCGUACCAACAAUUGCUUCCGCCACAGAGCAUGUAUAAUGUUCCUAUAAACAUGCCGCCGCCACUAGUUCACAACUGGGUCCAGUUCAAUGCACAUCAGAAUUUUCCAAGACCACAGGAAUUUUUCCAAAAUACAAAAUGGUUCAAUGACAACAGUAACACCCACCCCUUGGAUUACCAACAGUCUCUGCAAAACCCGAUCACUUUGAACCCAAUCGACCAGUUUGUUCCUUCAGUCAUACAAAAUAACCAAACUUGUGGCCAGAACUAUGGUUACAACCACGUGACUGGGAACUUACACUCUAUAGGGAACGUUUUACAGUCCCACAACUCUAUAUCGAACGUUCCGCCGCAGUAUACGUUCAGUCAACACCGAUUCUCGCCGUCCAUUUAUCAACGGAAUGACCCACCUCGGCAUUUAUACGGCUUUCGUGAAUUCCGGAACAGCUUUCCCUACACUUACAAAAACAAUUCAACUGACGACAACAACAACAACAACAACAACAACUCCCUGAUGACUGAUUUCGGCCAUGAUUGUCCUGACGUGGGAAUGGAUAUUCCACGAAUUCAGUUUCGUCGUAGUCGAAGCUGCGAAGAACUGGAUUCAGAGGGUUCUAGAGUCAAACAUAAGCCUAGAGCGAUACGUUCUAACCUAAUCAGAAUCUAUCCAAACAACGACUGACCUUAUUGUCUAACCUAAUCAGAAUCUAUCCAAACAACGACUGGACCUUAUUGUCUAACCUAAUCAGAAUCUAUCCAAACAACGACUGACCUUAUUAUCUAACCUAAUCAGAAUCUAUCCAAACAACGACUGACCUUAUUGUCUAACCUAAUCAGAAUCUAUCCAAACGACGACUGGACCUUAUUGUCUAACCUAAUCAGAAUCUAUCCAAACAACGACUGACCUUAUUGUCUAACCUAAUCAGAAUCUAUCCAAACAACGACUGACCUUAUUGUCUAAUCUAAUCAGAAUCUAUCCAAACGACGACUGGACCUUAUUGUCUAACCUAAUCAGAAUCUUUCCAAACGACGACUGACCAAUGUUUCCUGCUGAUAUUUUUAUCUCUUGUUUACA